AUGAUCUGGGAAGUACCCGAUACAAAGGACGUCGAGAAGAAAAUCCAGGAACACGAUCAGACUGUCAAGGUGAUUGAGGAAUGUGUGGUGGAGUACAUUCGGCGGCGCCAGCAAGCAUAUAGGAAGUCUACGCCCACUAGCGUCCUUGGGACGGAAAUGCAGGCAACUAUCAUGUGGGCCAAGUCAAGGAUGCCAAGGUUGAAACAGGAGAUCGAGGACCUACAGUGUAAAGGUAUAACCAAUGCCCCGGUUCUUCCUUGUAUAUUCGUAGAGUUCAAUAGAUAUGUUGAUGCGAGCUCCACUUUUCCACCGGGGCUCCGGCGCUAUGAUGCAGUCAAGGACCAAAUCAUCUGGGAAAACCUGCGGUUCACGGGUAGCCAGCGCACUUUCCACAAUAUAUGGGUCGGUAUAUGGAUUGCAAUUAUCACCCUUCUCUACGCUGUUCCAGUGACCAUGGCUGCUGCCUUUACAAUCGCAGGUCUUUUCCCUGCUGCCCUUACUUCCAUUUUGAUGGCUGUUGCUCGGACUCCAAUUCGCUGGACUAUCAGGCAGAGUGGCAUACCAACCCUGUCUUCGCUUGAGCUCUGCAUUCACAAGGUUUUCUUUGGCUUCUUGCUCAUCCAGAUACUACUGGUGACAGGUGUCUCUAUUGCUGCUCCACCUCUCAUUUCCCAGGUCAUCCGGCGCCCUGAGGUGGCCGAUAUCGUCAUAUGUUCGAUCAUCAACCGUACGUCUAAUUUUUACCUCUCGUAUAUACUCUUGCAAGGUCUUACCCUGAGUGCAAGCAAGCUACUUCAAGUAGGCAGACUGGUUGUCAAUGGAUCACUAGGCAAGCUCUUUGAUAACACCCCCGCAAAGUGUAUCACCGAUGUACUAGGAAUCGCAUACUCAUGUAUCGCGCCUCUGGUUGUGGGCGCGGCCGCCCUGGGGUUAUAUCUCUUCUUUAUCAUCUACCGAUACAACAUUCUCUACAUUAUGAAGGCGACGAUUGACACACGGGGCAAGAGUUUUCUACUGGCCCUACAGCAUGUCACCAUCGGGUGCUACCUACUGAUUAUGUACCUCAUCAGCGUGUUUGCCAUAGGACUCCUGAAUGACCGGUCGGCAGUCGGCCCUAUGAUUGUGACUGUCGUCUUACUCGUGACUGUCGUGAUCUACCACUGCUAUCUAAGUAUGAUGAUCCGGCCAUUUGCUGGUGGUAUCCCACGGCCGGCAGAGAAGAAAGGCGCGCCGCGGUUUCGUACUCCCGCGAGUGAACUCUGGACACCACGUAUCUGGUUCCCACAUGAUUUUACUGGGACGAUCAAGACUGAAUUGGAACAGCUCUCAGGGUUCAUGAUCGCCAUUGAUUCUGCUGCCUGGCUGGAUGAUCAUGGUAAAAUCGUAAUAAGCUUCCCGGAAGCGGCAGCUAUUGUCAACCCGUGCGGUAGACCCCUAUCUGCUAGAGUGAUCUCAUAA